AUGGAGCAAUUGAUGGUCUCAGAAGGAAAGAAUCCAGUCACAGAAUUAGCAGAAGACGAAAAGGAAACUAAGGACAAGAGCAAUGGAAAGAAUUUUUUAGAGGCAAGUGCAGAGCAGAUUAAGGGGAAGGAAAUAAUGCAAAAUUCAAAUUCUGGGAAAACAAAUAAGGAAACAACAUAUCAAGGAAAAUCUCAGUCGCAGUUAAAGCACUCAAAGCUAGCACAGCAGUGGAGAGGGAAGAAGCAACAACAACCUAAGCAAGUCAAUAACCCAAUAAAGGAAACAACAGUCACUUUUGGCAAGGAAAUAUUUUCGGUAAUUACAGAAGGUGACAUGGAGAAACAAAAAUCUUUUACAAGAUUGGAAAAGGGUGAUCAUUCGGGUAAAGACAAAAUAGUGCAGCAUGGAAAGUAUAUUCCUGCAAAGAAAAGUGUGCAGCUGAUAGAUUCUGAGAAUCCUAUGGCAUGUGAUACACUCUCUAAUCAUAACAAUGUAGCCAAUCCUUUUGAUCAAAACAAUGAUGCUAGUCCUCCAUAUCAUAACAAUGAAACCAAUCCUCAGGCCAAAGAUUUAGAGAAUCCACCAUUGUCUAAGUCAGCUUCGAUACUAGAAAAAGAGGAUCAUGAACAAAAUCUUAUGAACACCAACCAGCACUCAGAAAUCCAAGAACCGUAA